AUGGCAGCGGAUAAAGAAUCGUCGUCGUCAAGCUCGGAGAAGCAAGAUCUGACUCGCCACGAGUCCGACUCGGAAGAUGUCCCCAAGUCUCCUCCUAGCUCCCCUGGCUCUUCCACUCGCAAGGCUUGCUAUGCUGUUCUGCAAAGUUGGGUCUCAAAGAAGUUCAUGACUGGAUGCAUUGUUCUAUUUCCGGUAGCUGUGACAUUCUUAGUCACAUGGUGGUUCAUUGAGUUUGUGGACAGUUUCUUCAGUCCAAUAUAUGAACAACUUGGCGUUGAUAUAUUUGGCCUUGGAUUUAUUACGUCACUACUUUUCAUAUUCUUUGUGGGGAUAUUUGCUUCAUCAUGGUUUGGUGCCACUGUAUUCUGGCUUGGUGAAUGGCUCAUAAAGCAAAUGCCAUUUGUGAAGCACUUAUAUUCAGCCUCCAAGCAACUCAGUGCAGCUAUUUCUCCUGGUAAUUCUCUAGAUGAAUGUUAUUUGAUCUACCAAAAUAAGAAUGUUACUUUGAAACCCUUGUGA